AUGCAGAAGGCGGCGGACGCUGCAGAGAUGGAGACCAACUCCAUGCGGCGUGCACUGCUGAAGAAGUACAACGAGCAGACGCAGCAACGAGAGAAGAUGGAGCAGCUGCAGAACCACAUCAUAGUCAUGCAGAAGGACGUCACUGUCAACAAGAGAGACAAGGAGGCGGCAGACGAGUCCAAGAAGGCACUGAUGGUGACCAUCAGCGAGGGCGAGGACAAUGUGAAGGCCAAGAAUGAGGAGCUGGUGGCGGUGGCAGCGCAGGUGAAGGCGGUGGAGCACCGCGUCAGGCAGAAGACGCGCGAGGUUGCGGUAAUCAACAACUAG